AUGCAGUUGCCUCCAGUUAGAGCUUCUCAAGUUUUUCAACAACCUGAACGUAUGAUUCCAGCUACACAUCUUUGGCGAUUAUUUUCGCUUGUCGAAUUGACAGAAAAUAUGAGACAACAAGGAGAUAAAACAUUCAUUGAUAUAUUAAAUGCAUUGAGAGUUGGAGAUCUGAUGCAAAGCCAAAUUGAAAUAUUGAUAAACAAACAAAGCACUGACAUGGAUGGAGAAUAA